AUGGAAACUGAUAAUAAAGAUGAAAAAUUCAUUAAUAAAGAGGUAUCCAAUGAUGGCGAAGAGAUAUUUGUUGAGAAUAAAGAACUUGAAAAGAAAUUAGUAAGAAAAAUAGAUCUUAGAAUUAUGCCAUUAAUAACUUUGUUAUAUCUCUUAAGUUUCUUGGACAGAGUAAAUAUUGGAAACGCGAAAUUGGCACAUAUUGAAGCUGAUCUUAAAUUGGUGGGAACUCAAUUUAAUUGGUGUCUAAGUAUUUUCUUCAUUGGAUAUAUUUUAUUUGAAAUUCCUUCGAAUUUCAUGCUCGUUAGGACAAAUCCCUCUGUGUGGAUUCCUUUCAUAAUGAUAUCAUGGGGAGUUGUAAUGACGCUUAUGGCAUUUGUGACUAAUUUUUCAGGGGUAAUGGCGGCAAGAUUUUUUUUAGGUGUCUGUGAAGCAGGAUUUUUUCCAGGCGCAAUUUAUUAUAUAUCCACAUGGUAUAAACGAUCAGAGACAAAUUCUCGUAUAGCCAUCCUAGCUGUUGGACCUAGUUUUGCUGGUUCAUUUAGCGGUUUAUUAGCAUACGGUAUUGUAAGAUUAGAUGGAUGGUUACAUCUAAAAGGGUGGCAGUGGUUAUUUUUAAUUGAAGGAUUACUGACAGUUGUAGUCUCUAUAAUUUCUUAUUUCUAUCUGGCUAAUUAUCCUGAAAAAAGUAUGUGGCUUAGUGAAGAAGAACGUAAAUACGCUGUUGAACGAUUAAAAAAUGAUGCAGGAAAAGCUUAUGUAAUUCACUAUGAUAAAAAGCAAUUUUUCGCCGCAUUAACAGAUUGGAAAGUUUAUUUAUCUAUGUUAUAUCUUGGUGUAAGUUCAGUAUCAUUUUAUUCUUACUCAUUAUUUAUUCCAACAAUAAUAAAUGGAAUGGGAUUUGGUUUUGUUAAAUCACAAUUAUUAUCAGUACCACCAUUUUUCUGUGCUGGAAUAUCAACGUUAAUUGUAGCAGUACUUUCGGACCGUAAAAUUGUUCGCAGUCCAUUUAUCAUCACAGGUUUAUUUUUCGCAAUUUUUGGCUAUAUCUUAUUAGCCGUACCUUCAGUAGGCACAGCAGGAAAAUAUGUUGGUGCAUGUAUCGUUGGAUCUGGUUUGUUUCCUGCAACUGUAACUGCAAUCGCAUGGAUAACGAAUAAUAUAGCAGGUCAUGCGAAAAGAAGUAUAUCGACAGCAAUGAUAAUGAUGUGCGCAAAUGUAGGAGGUGCUGUAGCAUCACAAAUUUAUCGACAGAAAGAUUUUCCAAAAUAUCAUUAUGGUCAUUCAAUAUCUAUGGCAUUUUUAAUUACUGCAACAUGUAUUUCAAUUAUCCAAUAUUUUGUCUUCAAAAAUUUAAAUAAGAAAAAGAGAGAAAAUCCUCAAUCGUUUUUAGAAGGAAAAACUGAAGAAGAAAUUAAAAAUAUGGGUGAUCUUCAUCCUGAUUUUAUCUAUAAUUUAUAA